ACAGUGAUUUUAUAAGUUGAUGCCUUACCUUCCGACCACGACCAUGUCCGUGUCCGUGUCCGUGUCCAUUGCCCACAACCUUAAACCCACUAUCUCGGUCCUCCCUUCCCAUUCUCUGCACCACCCUUCGUCUUUCCCAUUACGAUUUUCAUUCAAAGCACCCAUCUUCUGCUCCAAUCCUUCAGUUCUCACCCGAAGACUCUUCCUUCCGUCGGUUUCCGGCAUCUGGGACGCCUUGACCGGCGGCAACAACAAUGCCCGCGAAGCCGUUCUUGCAAUUCGACGUGGAAUGUCUCUCUUCCGCCAGGGUGAUGUUCCGGGGUCUCUUGCCGAGUUCGACAAGGCAAUUCAGUUGGACCCUCGUCAAAAGGCGUAUCUUUGGCAAAGGGGGCUCUCACUUUACUACCUUAAUAGAUUUGAAGAGGGAGCUGAGCAGUUUCGGUUAGAUGUUGCACAAAACCCGAAUGAUACAGAAGAAUCCAUAUGGUGUUAUCUGUGUGAAGCUCAACUAUAUGGAGUGGAGGAAGCAAAGAAGCGAUAUCUUGUGGUUGGCAAAGACCCAAGGCCAGUCAUGCGGGAAGCAUAUAACAUGUUUAAAGACGGUGGAGAUCCUGAAAAGCUUGUGGCUGCAUUUUCCAGUAGCAGAGAAAGUGACUAUUUUUAUUCUUCAUUAUAUGCUGGUCUUUAUUACGAAUCUCAGAACGAAACAGAUGCUGCUAAAGUUCAUAUAGUUGCUGCAUGCCAAUCUUCUUAUGGGCAAAGGUCUGAUGAUUAUAUGGCUUCUCUUUCCAAGGUUCAUUGUCUCUGUCGAAAUUGGGUCUAAUAUUUUAAAAUGUGUUCACUGAGCACGAUCAGUUUCUGUAUACACUACUCAUUAGCUUUUGUUACUGUGCUACUGGAACGGUUAAGAGAAUUUAUCAUAUUCCUUUACCUUUCCACAUGAUUUGGUGAUCCGAAUAUUAGCAGACUAGUAGAAAAAAUUCUAACAUUAUUGAAAUAAUGAAACUAUUAUU